AUGAAAUUCGCUCAAUCAUCUCUUCUCCUUUUUGUUAUCCUAUCAUUUUCAUCUUUCACAUCUCCAGCUGUCAUCCGUCGUCAAGAUAUAAAAGAAACCAGACGCCUGAAUGCACUGGACGCUAUAGCUUUGAAUAAAAGUUUUGAAUCAUUGGCUAGUGAUUCGACUUGUGAUCCUACUACUCAAGCUAAUGCUUGCGUUAAAGGUGAAUUCGCGCAAUGUUCUGGUGGGAAAUUUGUAUCAACUAAAUGCAAUACUGGUUUGACGUGCGCUGCUGUGCCGUUGGUUAAUAAACGUGGAACUUCGAUCCUUUGUGAUACUGCCGCGGAUCGAGACGCUCGCAUUAAUGAUGCACUUGGUACACCACCACCAAAACCAUAA